AUGUGGAGAAGAACAUACUUGAUUCUUCUGGUAAUCCGUGUUUACUUUGCACUCUCCCCCAGCUAUAUCCACCCGGAUGAGCACUUCCAGGGCCUUGAACUCUUCGCAGGCCGUAUUCUUUCAUAUCCGUCCCAGUUACCCUGGGAAUUUACCUCCGAGCAUCCCAUCCGCAGCAUCUUCCCACUAUGGCCGAUCUACGCCCUCCCCAUGAACUUCCUGCGAUGGUUCUAUACCGAGACCGGGACGGAAAGCCCACCGGCGCAGAUAGUAUAUUAUGUAGCGAGAGGGGUGAUGUUUCUUCUGAGCUUUGUAUUAGAAGACUGGGCCGUGCAUGAGCUGGUUCCUCUCCCCCGCCAUCGACGGGUAGCUGUGGUGUUGGUGGCAUCCUCAUAUGUCACCUGGACUUAUCAGACGCACACAUUUUCCAACUCCCUCGAGACCUUGUUGGUUGCCUGGGGUCUGGUGUUGAUUCGCCGCAUCCUGGAAAAUAGGCGACGGUCCGCUGUCUUUUCUUGCGCCGUGUUGUCCUUCAUCUGCGUCGCGGGGGUUUUCAACAGGAUCACUUUCCCAGCUUACCUUGCGAUUCCAGGACUGCAGUUAGUGCCUCAUUUUUGGCGCAGGCCGCUCUCCCUGGUCUCCUUCGUUGGUUUCGGCCUCAUAUUCCUCUCCGUCGCUAUUUCUACCGACACAGCAUUUUACAAUCCAUCAGCAUCAUUCUGGGACAUCGUGCGCUCCCCAGUAAUCACCCCGAUAAACAAUCUUGUCUACAACACCGACACCUCUAAUUUGGCUCUCCAUGGACUCCACCCCCACUAUCAUCACUUUCUAGUAAACUUACCACAGCUUCUCGGCCCUGCCCUUAUUUGGAUUGCGGUACGUAUAUACCAUUUGCGAGACAUUCCUUCGCGGUUCAAGAAUAUCCGCGUGGUUUCCGCAUUAUCAGCUACCGCCAUGUUGUCUAUAUUCCCCCAUCAAGAACCCCGGUUUUUGAUUCCUUGUGUACCUCUUCUUCUCAGCUGCCUUCAUGUCCACAAAUCGCGCAUAUUUCUGGCCACUUGGGUGAUAUUCAAUGUUGCUCUAGGGUUCCUCAUGGGAGUAUACCAUCAGGGAGGCGUUGUGCCAACCCAACUUGCGGUGCCUUCAAUUAUAUCGGCGAGUAGCGAAAACUGGCACAAACUGUCGCAGAACGGGAACCAACCUGUUUCCGCUACUGUCCUUUGGUGGAAGACCUAUUCCCCUCCUCUGUGGCUGCUAGGGGAUAAUUCUAGCCUUCCACUAAACCUGAACAUCGAAACUCGAGAUUUGAUGGGCAUGCCCGGAUCAGAAAUGGUCAACGAACUCGAAAAGUUAAUUCCUUCCUGCCGCUCGAGGAGGAAACGCGCACAGUACUCGAAUUCGAAAGGGCCGAGACAACCAGACGCUGUCUUCGUGGUUGCGCCAAAAUCUGCCACAUUUCUCGACCAAUUCACCGCUCCGGACAGCAUCGAGUCGAGUGUGGAACUCUAUGAACUAUGGACCUACAGAAAACACAUUAGUUUGGAUGACCUCGACUUCGGUACUGAUGGUAUUCUCCCCACACUGAAACGAGUAAUUGGGAGACGUGGACUAGGCGUUUGGCUUGCGAAAAGGGCUGGGUGCAAUUGA